CUUUUUGUUUUUCCUUUGUUCGUCUAAAAAAAAAAUCUUUCCCCGUUUUUUUUUUUUUUUUUAUUCCACUAAACCUUUACUACUUUACAACAAAAGUCUAAAAUGUCUGCUGCCGACCACGCUGAUGAUCUCAUCGAUUAUGAGGAGGAAGAUGAACAAACCAUCCAACAAGAAGCCGCUGCCGCUCAACAAGCCGAAGCCUUAAACGCUGAUGAUGAUGACAAGAAAGAUAAGAAGGGUUCUUACGUUGGUAUUCAUUCUACUGGUUUCCGUGAUUUCCUCUUGAAGCCUGAAUUAUUAAGAAGUAUUGUUGACUGUGGUUUCGAGCAUCCCUCUGAAGUUCAACAAGAGUGUAUUCCCCAAUCCAUCCUUGGUAUGGAUGUCUUGUGUCAAGCCAAGUCUGGUAUGGGUAAGACAGCUGUGUUUGUGCUUGCCACCCUUCAACAACUUGAGCCUGUCAACGGAGAAGUCUCUGUGAUUGUCCUCUGUCAUACCCGUGAAUUAGCUUUCCAGAUCAAGAACGAAUAUGCGCGUUUCUCUAAAUACUUACCUGAUAUUCGUACCGAAGUCUUUUAUGGUGGUGUUCCCAUGACUAAAGAUGUAGAGAUUCUCAAGGAUAAGAGCAAAUGUCCUCAUAUUCUUGUAGGUACACCUGGUCGUGUUCUUGCCUUGAUUCGUGAAAAGCAUCUCAAGUUAGCCAAUGUAAAGCAUUUUGUGUUGGAUGAGUGUGAUAAAAUGUUAGAACAAUUAGAUAUGCGUCGUGAUGUUCAAGAUAUUUUCCGUGCUACUCCUCAUCAUAAGCAAGUGAUGAUGUUCUCUGCCACUUUAGCCAAAGAGAUGCGUCCUGUGUGUAAAAAGUUUAUGCAAAACCCUUUGGAAAUCUAUGUUGAUGAUGAAGCUAAAUUAACACUUCAUGGUCUUCAACAAUUUUAUAUCAAGAUGGAAGAAAAGGAAAAGAACCGUAAAUUAAACGAUCUUUUGGAUACCCUCGAAUUCAAUCAAGUCUGUAUCUUUGUGCGUUCUGUCUCUCGUGCUAAUGAAUUAAACCGUAUUCUCUCCGACUGUAAUUUCCCCAGUAUCUGUAUUCACUCUCAAAUGAGCCAAGAUGAACGUAUCAAGCGUUACAAAUCUUUCAAGGACUUUGAAAAGCGUAUUAUGGUCGCUACAGAUAUCUUUGGUCGUGGUAUUGAUAUUGAACGUGUCAAUAUCGUCAUCAACUAUGAUAUGCCCGAUGGUGCUGAUACUUACUUGCACAGAGUCGGUCGUGCUGGUCGUUUCGGUACUAAAGGUCUUGGUAUCACCUUUGUCUCUGAUGAAAAGGAUACUCAAGUCCUUAACGAUGUUCAAAGCAGAUUCGAAGUCAACAUCGUUCCUCUUCCUGAGGAAGUUGAUAUCAACACUUACAUGACUUCAUAAAUUUUUUUCCUUUUUUUUUUUCUUUAUAGUUCAAUCUCAAUCACCCAAAAAUGACGAAAUAAUAAAAAAUGGUGUUUUUUUUUAAAAAAAA